AAAAGUUUCUCCGGAAACAAACACUCCCCCUGCAAGUAAAACCAGAAAAAUCCUGAACCCGAAUAUACAAUUCCUUGUAUACUUUGUUUGUUUGUCGUUCGUAGUCUGAUAGAGAGAGAUGAUGGAGGAAGUAGAGAAAUAUUCAGCAGCUGCAGAGGAAGCAACCAACAACGACGAUGGCGAAGAAGCGGGGGAAGGAGAGAUCGUGUCGGAGUCGAAGUCCGGCAAGGCCGUAGUCGAUGAAGAACAACAACACCCACUGGAACACUCGUGGACGUUCUGGUUCAACAAUCCCUCCGCCAAGUCCAAGCAAGCCACUUGGGGCAGUUCCAUUCGCCCCAUCUACACCUUCUCUACCGUCGAACAGUUCUGGAGCCUCUACAAUAACGUACCCCAUCCAAGCAAAUUGGCUGUGGGAGCUGACUUCCAUUGUUUUAAACAUAAAAUUGAGCCAAAAUGGGAGGACCCUGUUUGUGCUAAUGGAGGAAAGUGGACCUUGAACUUUUCUAGAAAGAAAUCCGACACUUCUUGGCUGUACACGUUGCUGGCACUAAUUGGAGAACAGUUUGAUCAUGGAGAUGAAAUCUGUGGAGUAGUUGUCAAUGUCAGACCUAGGCAGGAAAAAAUAGCUCUGUGGACGAAGGAUGCUGCAAAUGAAACUGCUCAGAUAAGCAUUGGGAGGCAAUGGAAGCAGUUUCUUGAUUACAAUGACACUAUAGGGUUCAUAUUUCAUGAGGACGCAAAGAAGCUUUACUUGGGUGCCAAGAACCGCUACACAGUAUGAGCUGCACAUUAUCUGGAGGACCAAGUAGAUGCGAGACAUCCAAGGAUCCAGCCCAUGGCCACAUGCAUGCUUGUUAUGGUUUUUGAGCAACCAAUGGCUACUUUGUUGCCGUGGCUUGCUUUGCAAGAUUUUGGAUGGAUUACCGACUUUAUUUUGUUUUCUGCAUUUUUUUUUUUUUUUUUUUUUUUAAGUUCCUUGAAAAUCUAGUAUCUGUGUAUAUGCUAUAUGCUAGUACAUUUUUCCAGAGUGCCAGCUUCUUAUCAUUUGCGCAAUUCUCCUGCUACUGCAUAACACAGUAAUCAAAUGGAGCUUGCUCUCA